GCGGCGGCGGCGCGGCAGCGGCGGGGCGAGCUGGCACUGGGGCGCCCGGCGCGGCUGCUGAGUUCGGCCUAUUGAGCCUCCCACCCGCUUCCAUAAGGCUUUGCCUUUCCAACUUCAGCUACAGUGUUAGCUAAGUUUGGAAAGAAGACCCAGAGAAGACUCUCCCCACCCCUCCGUGCGCCACUUGGCUUUUUUGUUGUUCACCCAACUAGCUUUGCCGUUGGGGGUCUGUUUUUGUUUUUGUUUUGUUUUGCACAAGGCUAUUUGUGAUUUUAGUGGUGCUCUCCUCGGUUGCCUACACUCCUCUUCACAAGCACCUCAGCGAAAGCAGCAGCAGCGGCGGCUUCGGCAGUGGGAGCCGAGGGGGAGCCUGGUGUCAUGACCAGGACCAGAGAGCCCAACCGCCAGGGAGGAUGCUGCGGAUCCUUCGCAAACUACCUGACCUCUGCGAAAUUCCUUCUCUACCUUGGUCAUUCCCUAUCUACUUGGGGAGAUCGGAUGUGGCAUUUUGCUGUGUCUGUGUUUCUGGUUGAGCUCUAUGGAAAUAGUCUCCUCCUGACCGCAGUCUAUGGGCUGGUGGUAGCUGGAUCAGUUCUGCUCCUAGGAGCCAUCAUCGGCGAUUGGGUGGACAAGAAUGCCAGGCUCAAAGUGGCCCAGACUUCAUUGGUGGUACAAAAUGUUUCGGUCAUCCUGUGUGGAAUAAUCCUGAUGAUGGUUUUCUUACAUAAAAAUGAGCUUCUGAGCAUGUACCAUGGAUGGGUUCUUACUUCCUGCUACAUCAUGAUCAUAACAAUUGCAAAUGUUGCAAAUUUGGCCAGUACAGCUACUGCAAUCACAAUACAAAGGGAUUGGAUUGUUGUUGUUGCAGGAGAAGACAGAAGCAAAUUAGCAGAUAUGAAUGCUACAAUACGAAGGAUUGAUCAGUUGACCAACAUCUUGGCCCCAAUGGCUGUUGGCCAGAUUAUGACAUUUGGCUCCCCAGUCAUUGGCUGUGGUUUCAUUUCGGGAUGGAAUUUGGUAUCCAUGUGUGUGGAGUACUUUCUGCUCUGGAAGGUUUACCAGAAAACCCCUGCUCUAGCCAUGAAAGCUGCUCUUAAAGUAGAGGAAGCUGAAUUGAAACAGCUGAAUUUACACAAAGCAGAAACUGAGCCAAAACCCCUGGAGGGAACUCAUCUAAUGGGUGAGAAAGACCCCAACAUCCAUGAACUUGUACAUGAGCAAGAGCCAAGUUGUGGGUCCCAAAUGGCUGAGCCCUUCCGUACCUUCAGAGAUGGAUGGGUCUCCUAUUACAACCAGCCCGUGUUUCUGGCAGGCAUGGCCCUUGCGUUCCUCUAUAUGACUGUCCUUGGCUUCGAUUGUAUCACCACCGGGUAUGCCUACACUCAGGGGCUGAGUGGAUCCAUCCUCAGUAUUUUGAUGGGGGCAUCAGCCAUAACUGGAAUCAUGGGAACUGUGGCUUUUACUUGGCUUCGUCGAAAAUGUGGCCUAGUUAGGACUGGAUUGAUCUCCGGAUUUGCACAGCUCUCCUGUCUGAUCCUGUGUGUGGUCUCCGUGUUCAUGCCUGGAAGCCCCUUGGACUUAACGGUUUCUCCCUUUGAAGAUAUCCGUUCUAGAUUCAUUGACGCAAAUUCCGUACCUGCAGCCAUCUCUACAGAAACACCUGAAGUCCUUACAACUGAAAUGCUCACAACUAAUGGGUCUGACCCUAAUGUUUUCUCUGCAAUGAGUGCUAAGUCUGAGUCCAUGAUCUCUGUCAGCCUGCUAUUUGCAGGUGUCAUUGCUGCUAGAAUCGGUCUUUGGUCCUUUGAUUUAACUGUGACACAGUUGCUGCAAGAGAAUGUGAUUGAAUCUGAAAGAGGCAUUAUAAAUGGUGUACAGAACUCCAUGAACUAUUUACUUGAUCUUCUGCAUUUCAUCAUGGUGAUCUUGGCUCCGAAUCCUGAAGCUUUUGGCUUACUCGUAUUGAUUUCAGUCUCCUUUGUGGCAAUGGGUCACCUCAUGUAUUUCCGGUUUUCCCAAAAAACUCUGGGCAGCCGGCUGUUUGUUUGUGGUCCUGAUGAAAAAGAAGCUACAGAUGAAAACCAAACCAAUACAUCUGUUGUAUGAAACAGUUUUAACUGUUGCUAUCCCUGUUACUAGACUAUAUAGAGCACAUUUGCUUAGUUUAUACUUCAGAAUUCCAAUAAAUGGCUGGGUGUUUCUCUCUGGUUUUAACACAGCUGUACCUUGAGAGCUAAAGGCUAUUUAGGUAACCUAAGAAGAAAUAAGAUGGUUAAUAUCCCUUACAUUUAGAGGUGGGAAAAAAUGGGCAAAGAAAAAUUUAGUUCUAAUAUGGAGACUAAAAUAUACCCCCUAUUUCUCAUGAUCAGAUAAAAAUUUAUAUAAAAGUCAUUAGUAUGAAUUGAGUUAUUUCCAGUAGAUAUUUAUUAUAUGUAUUAGAAUUAAAAUACUUAUAGAGGUCCAAUUAAUUGACUUAUUUUGGACAUUUUAUUAUUGAUUAUAAAACAAAUUUUGCUUCAAAUAUGAAGAUUAAAGUUUGAUAAAUAGUAUUAUCCUUACUGAUCUUAUUGAUCUUAAGGGAUUUACACAUAUGUGGAAAGAUGAGAUACUUAUAUAGUGUUCUCUCAUAGAGUCUGUGGGUUAAAUUUAGAGAGCACCUUUAUAUUUACAAUGUCAGCUAGGGAAAUUAGUUUAUUUAGCAUAUGGAGAACUGCAUAAAAUGGCUUAUGAUGUCAGCUGUAGGUAGAGGCAAAGCUGUAAAGUAGAUUUGUAAUACAGCAAAUGCAUAAGGGCUUUAGACAUGCCAACAGUUUGACCAUAGAAAACUUAGUCACUUAAUGACACAUGGAAUGUUUAAUGGCAAAAUUCGCAUUUACCUUACACCACUAUCAUUAAUGAUCUCUAUCUUGGAAUAUGAGGGAAUAAGCUUUUAGCCUUGCAAGUUCCAUGUAGAAAGCAAAGCCACGCUUGGAAAGGUUUUAUUUUAUAAAUCAUUUGAUUUACUUUUAACACACUGGCUCACUUUGAGCAUUUUUACUUUUACUGUUUUAUACCCAGGAGUUAUUUUUACAUUGUUGUGUAGAGCAAAACUGUUCAUAAAUGUAUCCCUUUCAUAUGUCUUUGGAAAGAAUGGGGUUUAAAAAUAACUUUUGUAUAUAUUAAAAAAAAACUGUUUUACGAGUCAUUUUGCAACAUGCCAGUACCAACUGGUACUUUGCCUUAACCGUUGAUGCACUUUGGAGGAGACUGCAAUACGUUGCUGAGAGCACUUUCUUUAUCCUUGACAUUUAAUCUUUUUCUUCUCUCUAUAGUAUUACAUAAUGAUUUGCUAUGUUGUAAAAUCUUUGUAAAAAUAUUUCUAUAUAAAAAUAUUUUUAAAAUCUUGA